AUGCACGGCAAGGGGGAGAAGGGUGCAAGGGGAGCACACGGGAGCCGCACGGGGAAGGAGGGGGUGCAUGGGGAGCGAGCGGGGCUCCCGCCGGGGCGCUCCGGAGCCGGGGGGAGCCGGGGGCCCUUCACCUCCUCCGGGCGUGCGGGAGCUCGGGGCGGCUCCGGCGGGGCGGCUCCGGCGCUCUCCGUGCGCCGGCGGAGCGGGGGGGCCCGGGGGCUCCGGGCGCGGCUCCCGCCCGGCCCCGCGCACCGAGCCCCGGGGAGGGACCCGCACCCCGGGAAGGGACCCGCACCCCGGGAACGGACCCGCACCCCGGGAAGGGACCCGCACCCCGGGAACGGACCCGCACCCCGGGAAGGAACCCGCACCCCGGGAACGGACCCGCACCCCGGGAACGGACCCGCACCCCGGGAACGGAUCCACACCCCGGGAACGGACCCGCACCCCGGGAACGGAUCCACACCCCGGGAACGGACCGGCACCCCGGGGAGGGAUCCACACCCCGAGAACGGACCCGCACCCCGGGAACGGACCGGCACCCCGGGAACGGAUCCACACCCCGGGAACGGAUCCACACCCCGGGAACGGAUCCGCGCCCCGGGAACGGACCCGCACCCCGGGAAAGGACCGGCACCCCGGGAACGAACCCGCAUCCCGGGAACGGACCCGCGCCCCGGGAACGGAUCCGCACCCCCGGAAGGGACCCGCACCCCGGGAACGGACCCGCGCCCCGGGAACGGACCCGCACCCCGGGAACGGACCCGCGCCCCGGGAACGAACCCGCACCCCGGGAAGGGACCCGCACCCCGGGAACGGACCCGCACCCCGGGAACGGAUCUGCACCCCGGGAACGGCUCCGCACCCCGGGAACGGAUCCGCACCCCGGGAACGGACCCGCACCCCGGGAAGGGACCCGCACCCCGGGAACGGACCCGCACCCCGGGAAGGGACCCGCGCCCCGCUCCCCUCGGGGGGCUCGGACCGGGCCGGGUGUGCCCUGGGAUGGGGAGAAAUGUCACUCAGGGCUGUCACCCCCGGGAGGGGCUGGGGCAGCCGGGCUGGGCGCCCCAAAGGGAGCUGGGCACCCCAAAAGGAGCUGGGCACCCAAAGUGA